AUGGCAGUUCUCAACAACAGAAAUGCCGGCAGCUUCACCUUCAUACUGAUGGAUCUCCCGGGACUGGAGGCCGCUCAUUGCUGGAUAGCUCUCCCUGUCUGCUCUGUCUAUGUUCUCUCUUUGUUGGGCAACAUCACCAUAAUGUGCAUUGUCAAGUCUGUGCCCAGCCUCCACACACCCAUGUACCUCUUCCUGUCUAUGCUCUCAAUGGUUGACCUGGGCCUCUCAGCAUCUACACUGCCUUCAAUGGCAGCUGUCUUUCUCCUAGGCCAGAGAAAGGUGGGAGCUGCAACCUGCUUUAUGCAACUUUUCUUCAUCCAUACUUUCUCAGUGAUUGAAUCAGCUGUGCUCUUGGCCAUGGCCUUUGACCGCUGUGUGGCUAUUCGAGAGCCCUUACGCUAUGCCACCAUUCUCACAACCAAGCGCAUUGGGGCCAUUGGGCUGGCCAUUGUGACCCAAAGUGCUGCUCUCCACCUGCCCCUGCCUGUGCUCCUUGGAAGACUGCAGUUUCAGCCUGUGAAUGUUCUGUCUCAUUCAUACUGUGUUCAUCCUGAUGUCUUAAGACUAGCCAGUUCCAGCACUCUUGUGAACAGUGGCUUUGGGCUCUUUGUCAUGCUCUCCACACUGGGGUUGGAUGCUGUACUCAUUCUCCUCUCCUAUGUGCUAAUCUUAAGGACAGUAUUGAGCAUUGCUUCUAACUCGGAGCAGCUCAAAGCCUUUAACACCUGCAUUUCCCACAUCUGUGCUGAAUUACUAUUUUAUACCCCAUUGGUCAGCCUGUCGAUGAUUCACCGCUUUGGGAAAAAGAAGCUACCAGCUCAAGUAUCCAUGCUUCUCUCCUAUCUGCACUUUCUUGUUCCUCCAAUGCUCAACCCAAUUGUCUAUAGUGUUAAAACCAAAGAGAUUCGAGUACGCAUUCUGAAGAUGUUCCACCCGGGAAAACUCUGA